AUGGUUGAAGAAGAAUGGUAUGAAACUACUAGAAUGGUUGCGAAACAUACCGAAAAAGAAAAUAUAGAAAAAGUUUAUUCGCACACUAAUCCUUUUAUAAGAAAUUUUAUCAGACGAUCUAUUAAAGGAGGAAGAUUUUCGGCAAAUAGAAAAUCAUUUGAAACGAACAAAAUGGAUGAAAUUUGUAACGUAUUAAAGGAAUAUAUUUCACAAACAGAAAGUAAUAACAUAAUUGAUUUAUGCAAAGAAUACAGUGCAAGCACAAAAGACAAAGCGGAGGUUCAUUCGAGACUUAAAAAAAUAGAAUGUACUAAACUAAUGGCAUUUGAUGCUAACGGUUUAUACGCUUCCGAAAUGUCGGAUUUAGACAGUGAAUAUCCGAGAGCGGAAAGUGGAAGACCGUUUCUACUAGAAGAAGAAAAAGAAUUUGUAAAACUCUUCAAUAAACAAAAAUUCAGACCCAGAACAGCUAUUUUAACAGUGUGGUUUGACUAUCCCAAAAACAUGUUCUUCCAACCGAUACCAGCUAAAGAUAAAAUCACUUUCACGAAUAAAGAAGGUAAAAAGGAAACUGGUAACAAAAUCAGGUUCAGAAAUGGUUUCUGUCACGACGUUUUAACAUCGGUCGAUAUUCAAGAAAUAGUGAAAGCCGGUGGACGAAUUAUUAGAAUAUUAGAUGAUUUAAGAAAUAAAUAUAAACGAGAAGGUAAUAUCGUGGGUAGUAAUUGCAUGAAAUUAUUAGGUAAUUCCUUGUAUGGUAAAUCAAUUCAGAAAGAUAUAUUCACAACUAGACAUUUAUGGAAUGAAGCAACUUUACAGGCCAACUUUGAUUCACGCGUUAAAACCUAUGAGAAAAUUAAUGAUACUCAAUAUAUUUUUGAAACAGAAAUUGAAGAAAAAGUGAUUACUACGGAAGAUAGUAAAUCUACACGACUAACACCUAGUCAUUUGGGAUCAUUCGUUUUAUCUCACAGUAAAAAAAUAAUGAACAAUUUCAUUCACGUCAUAAAUGGAUUUUAUAAACCCGAAAUAUACUAUACCGACACCGAUAGUUUGUACAUUUCAUCCAAAAAUUGGAAAAAACUAAACAGAGCUGGUUUGGUCUCCGAAAAAGACUAUUGCAAAGGUAAAAACGAUUACGGUGACGGUGGAAUUAUAUUUGGUUUAUAUUUAGCACCAAAAGUCAAAUACAACAUCGUUUUGACUUCUGAUGGUGUUUUAAAAGAAAAGAAAACGUUUAAAGGUUAUUCUAAUGAUAAGAUAAGUGUAGAAGAUUACGUUCAGUUAGCAAGCGGACAUGAUGUGUCGAACGAAUUUAAUAAACCAUGGGAAAAAAGUUUCACCAAUGGAGUAGUUAUUCCAAAUGAUAAACAAACUAAAGUUUUUAGAAGUUAUUUGAAUAAUGUUAAAAGAAAACCACCAAACAGUGAAGGAAUUAUGUAUCCUUACAACGACAAAGAUGAGUAUAGUUUUGAUGAAAACUAUGAAUUUGAUGAUUUCGAUUAUCUUUCUAAUCAAGAAGAGAAUGAAGAUUGUUUUAAAUGA